AUGUCCCUCUUCACCGCUGAGACGCCGUUUGCCAGCGCUGCAAUAUUUACCUUUGGCCUCCAAUUCGCUGGUUUUGUUGUAGCAUAUGCUACCCAAACUGAAAAGUUCUACGACAUUCUGGGAUCCGGAAACUUCCUGCUUUUGGGUAUCUGGAGCUUCUUUGCUUCAUCUUCGCCAUAUGCUCCUGUCAGUGCUGUAGCAACGGUACUGUUUGUAAUCAGCAGAUUAUGGUUACUGCUUUUCUUGGGCUGGAGAGCUCAUUCCCGAAAGGGUGAUUCCAGGUUUGAUGAAGUCAAAGACAAGGCUGGAAUGUUCCUUGUCUACUGGAUGAUGCAAGCCUUAUGGGUUUACUUCAUCACUUUGCCCAUCAUUUAUAUCAAUACCAUCUUUACCUUGGAAGAUGACGUGUCGUCCACCUUGACGGCGUAUCAGGUAGUCUUCCUGAUUUUCUUUGGGGUUUGCGUCGUCACUGAAAUAUUGGCCGACAUUCAAAAAUCAAAAUGGGUGUCUGCAGGCAGGAAAGGUGGCUUCUGUAAUGAGGGACUAUGGAAAUACAGUCGGCAUCCCAACUAUUUUGGAGAAAUCUUCCAAUGGUGGUCGGCAUUCCUUCUCAUUUUGCCCAUUCUCUUCGACAAACCGUCCGUCUAUGGAUGGGGUUCCAUCCUUUCUCCGAUAUUCACAUGCUUCAUCUUGCUGUUUGCCGGUGGGACUGGACUCACCAACGCUGAAGGGAAGGGUCUUAAGCGAUACUACGACAAUGAAGCGAUAGCUGAAGACUACAAAUCAUAUCGCGAGAAUACUUCAAUCCUUAUCCCAAUGGUCGGAUACGGAUAUAUUCCACAGAUAGUCAAGCGAGUAUUGCUGUUCGAAUGGGAACGGUAUCAAUACAAGCCGGAAAUGUCCCAAUCUUCUGAAGAAGGUAAGAAAGAAGAUUGA